AGUCACAAGGCACCAACAGACACAUAAAUAAAUAGAUGUGUUUUCCUCGUAGAUAAAUCUUUCCAAGCGUCAAGUUAUAUUCUCCACAGCGUGUCUUGCAUUACGAUACAGAACCACAAUGCUAAGACUGAAUCCAUCAGCGCUAAGGAUUCGCCAGGCAGUGGCCGCGAGGAUGACAGCACACAUGAGCAGUAAGCAGUUUGGGACCUCAGUGGCCUUACAAGACAGUGAGUCAUCUAUGAUGUUCGAGGAGGUGGGACAGGCCGGUGUGGCCACCAUGAACCGACCCAAAGUCCUAAACUCACUCAAUCUGGACAUGGUGGUAGAGAUGAAGAAACAGUUUGACGAGUGGGAAGGCGAUGCGCAGAAGAAGGUGAUUGUGCUGCAAGGUGCGGGUGGCAAAGCCUUCUGCGCUGGAGGAGAUGUGGUGCACAUUGCUAAGGCUGGUCUGGCAGGCGACCGUACCGUAGCCCAUGAGUUCUUCUCUACGGAGUACAAGUUAAAUAGUCUGAUUGGCCGAUUACGGACUCCCUUUGUGGCGCUCAUUGAUGGCAUCACAAUGGGUGGGGGAGUGGGUGUGUCUGUGCAUGGGCGAUACAGAGUGGCGACUGAGAAGACGCUGUUUGCUAUGCCUGAGACAGCGAUAGGCCUAGUGCCGGAUGUGGGAGGUGGACACUUCUUACCGCGUUUAAAGGGUGAGUUGGGGAUGUACCUAGCCCUUACUGGCAAUCGACUCAAGGCCGCCGAUGUCUACCACGCAGGCCUAGCCACACACUACGUGCCAAAGGACCAGCUUACCGAUCUCACAGCCGACCUGGUGAGUGUAGAGAAUGAAGAAGAUGUUGAAGUUGUGUUGAACAAGUACCACGUGACACCUGACACGCCUUUCAGUCUGGAUGCGCAUUUGAAUGACAUUGACAGAUGCUUUGCGGGUGAUAAGGCAGAGGACAUGCUGGCGCUGCUAAAUGACAGCGGUGAAUGGGGCCGAAAGAACGCCAAGACGAUCGAGAAGAUGUCACCAACCAGUGUCAAGGUGACCAUUCGUCAGUUGCGCAAUGGGGCGGGUCUUUCGCUGGACGGAGAUCUGCAGAUGGAACUCCGCAUCUGUGCCGAAACCAUGCGCAACAAGGACUUCUACGAGGGCAUCCGUGCGCUGUUGAUUGAGAAGACAAACGAUCCCAAAUGGACGCCAGCUACGCUAGCAGAGGUGACCAAGGAGAUGGUGGACAAGCACUUUGUGAUGCUGCCGGCGGAGUUGGAGCUAAAAAUAGAAUAGACCUGCGUGCGACGGGAGACGGGAAUGCAGCUGUAGGUGUAACACAGCCAGCGCUAAGAUGCGGAGUGUGGGCGAUAGCUGUUACAGGUAGAGAGCGAUGGUUGUUAAGGUGACACAGGUAGAGAGCAAUGGUUGCUAUGGUGACAGUCCACGGGAACGUGACAACCAUGCAUGCCUGGGAGGCUGACAGCGAGAUGCAAGCACACACAAGCUCUCAAGUGCGGAAACGCACACUCACAAAGCGAGUUAAACUAUGCACACACGUGUACCGUGCACAGGGAUAGGGGUAGAGUAACUGAACUCGUAUAAACAACUGCUCUGUUAUUACUAUGGUGAGAAAGGAAAAUAUAUUCUUCAAUGGACCGCCACUCAUUAGUACUUUGAGUAUAUAUUGUCCGGUUCCGAUUGACGUAUUUGAAAAUCUUCGUGGUAUGAACGUUG